UUCGAUUGAGGUAUGUAUCACGCGGCGGUGUCGAGUAUGUUCCCCUCGCAGCGCUGAUGUCACCAAGCUCCGUCAUCGUGCGCUCUACGAUUUGCUUUACACAAACCCCCACUGGGUACCAGAUCCCUCAGCCACCACGUCCUUGUCCUAAUCCGGCAAUCUCCCCUCUCUCUUUCUCCAGCGCGGCCGACUGGCUCUCAGAUACCGGCGGCGCUCAGGCCACUUAUCCUCGCCGGCUGGUUCUUGGGGCACAGGCGGCGCUAAGGGCGCAGGAGCUCCAUCCACAUCAGGAAUUCAGCCCGAAAUUAGCCAGUUCUCUUUGUUGAUAUCCACGAUUUGGCUUCUGAUUUACAAACAUGGCUUGUUGCCUUAUGUGUAGAAAGGACAUCGAACAGACUAUUGAAGGUGAAGAAGCUCCAGGAGGAAAUAAGGUGAAAGCUUUUUCUUACAGCGAGCUGAGAAAAGCUACACAUGAUUUUAGUGGAGCAAACAAGGUUGGCGAAGGCGGUUUUGGUUCUGUGUUCAGGGGAAGGCUUAAAGACGGCACAAUUGUUGCGGUAAAGGUGCUGUCUGCCCAUUCAAAGCAAGGCAUCCGAGAGUUCUUUACUGAACUUACAGCAAUUUCUGAUAUUGUGCAUGAAAACCUGAUCACCUUAGUCGGUUGCUGCGCUGAGGGACCCCAUAGGAUCCUUGUAUACAACUAUCUUGAAAACAAUAGCCUUGCACAUACACUGCUAGGUAAGGGUUAUAGCAGAAUUCGAUUCAACUGGAGAGUCCGUGUUAAAAUUGCUCUAGGUGUUGCCCAUGGGCUUGCAUUUCUUCACGAAGAAAUCCAUCCUCCCAUAAUCCACCGGGACAUAAAGGCAAGCAAUAUUCUGCUCGACAAGGAUCUCACACCCAAAAUUUCUGAUUUUGGGUUGGCAAGGCUCCUCCCUCCAAAUGCAACUCAUGUGAGCACCCGCGUUGCAGGUACAAUAGGAUACCUGGCUCCUGAAUAUGCAGUUAGAGGGCAAGUGACAAAGAAGUCAGAUAUUUAUAGUUUUGGUGUUUUGCUAUUGGAAAUUGUUAGUGGCAGGUGUAACCACAAUAAUAGAUUGCCUUAUGAAGACCAAUUUCUGCUCGAGAGGACAUGGACAUGUUAUGAACAAGGACAGCUCGAGAAGAUGAUAGAUACAGAUCUAGAAGAUGACCUAGACUCCGACGAGGCAUGCCGAUUCUUGAAAGUUGGUCUUCUGUGCACUCAAGACGCGAUGAAACUCCGUCCCAACAUGACCAACGUCCUCCGGAUGCUGACCGGAGAAAAGGAUGUCUCCAUGGAGAAGAUCACCAAGCCUGCUGUGAUCGGUGACAUGGGAGACAUCAAGGUCAACAACCAGCAGAGACCAGGCGACUCGCAAUCUGAACCAUCCACAAUCAUAUCAUCAGAAGCAACAGCAGAGUCAUCGCCGUGAGCAGUACAGAAUAUAUGAUGCAAAUCCUGUUGUUGUACAUUAUCAUGCUGGGUCGGCACAAGUGCGUGUUCAGUUGACUGAUGCCACCGUGGUGUUACUAUGCAGUUAAGUUAUUGCAUAAUUAAACAAAGUUUCCUUUA